UCUCAUGUGAUAGCUCUCGCGCAUGACGUGCCAACCAUAUGGCACUGGCAGCAGAGCUGGUACCCCCUUUGCUGGGUAGAGAUGCCACUCUCGCCUCCUUUUGGAUAGAGGACUGCAGGAGGCUGGAGCACCUCAAGGAGCCGCGUCCCGCUCCCAGAAGAUGCUGGGAACAAUGAAAUAAGAAUUCCUGCGGUCCGCCCGAAGCCACCAUGUUGACGCGACUUUUCAGCGAGCCCAGCCUGGUCCCCGAAGUCCCGAAAUUCCCCGGUUGGGCCGAGGAGUGCGAGGAGGAUGCCCGGAGCGAGAAGGAGGAGCGGGCGGCCAAGGGCUGCGCCCUCCCCGAGGAGCCGCCCGAGGGUUCGCUGGGAGAGAGCAAGGAGGAAGGGGAGCUAGGAGGGGACGAGGAGGAGGAGGAGGAGGAGGAGGAAGGCCUGGAGGAGGCGGAGGGCGAGCGGCCCAAGAAGCGCGGCCCCAAGAAGAGGAAGAUGACGAAGGCGCGGCUGGAGCGCUCCAAGCUGCGGCGGCAGAAGGCGAACGCCCGCGAGAGGAACCGGAUGCACGACCUGAACGCGGCCCUGGACAACCUGCGCAAGGUGGUGCCCUGCUACUCCAAAACGCAAAAACUCUCCAAAAUCGAGACCCUCCGCUUGGCCAAGAACUACAUCUGGGCUCUCUCCGAGAUCCUGCGCUCGGGCAAGCGGCCCGACCUGGUCUCCUACGUGCAGACUCUGUGCAAGGGGCUGUCCCAGCCCACCACCAACCUGGUGGCCGGCUGCCUCCAGCUCAACUCCCGCAACUUCCUGACGGAGCAGGGCCAGGACGGGGGUCGUUUCCACGGCCCCAACGCCGCCUCCUUCGCCGUGCACCCCUACCCCUACCCCUGCUCGCGGCUGGCCGCGGCGCCCUGCCCGCCCGCCGCCGGCCCCGGGCCGCACGGGCUGAGGACACACGGCUACUGCGCCUCCGCCUACGAGAGCCUCUACGGCAACACCUCCCCCGACUACAACAGCUCGGAGUACGACGGGGGGCUCAGCCCGCCGCUCUGCAUCAACGGCAACUUCUCCCUCAAGCAGGACUCUUCAUCCCCCGACCACGAGAAAAGCUACCACUACUCUAUGCACUACUCGGCGCUGCCCGGCUCCCGCCCCGCCGCUCACAACCUGGUCUUCGGCUCGGCGGGGAUGCGCGGGGGGGUCCACUCCGAGAACAUCUUCCCCUACGACAUGCACCUCCCGCACGAGCGGGGCCCCAUGUACGAGGAGCUCAACGCCUUCUUCCACAACUGACCCCCCUCGUUCCCCUCCCCGAGACCCCCUCCCCAUCGCCGAGGUGGCGGGGACGGGGGGGAGACUCCCCCAAACCCCCCCACCCCACCCCACCCGCGGACCGGCCCCCGGGGCUCCGCCGUGGGCUUUGGUGCAAUAUGGGGACCCGGCCCCGGCGGCGGGUCCCCGCGCCCCGUGGGGACAAAGUGCUUUUUUGGGAGGAUUUUCCCUUUCCCUUAAUUUUUUUUUUUUUUUUUUUUUAAUUCCGGUCGAUUUCGUUGUUUUGAAAAUUUUCGUUAUUUAUUGCUGCUUCUUUUAUUAUUUCACGUAAUUUAUUGGCUUAUUUUAUUAUCAUCGCUGUUAACGUCGCUGUUGUUAUAAUAACUAUCACAGCUAUGAUAACUAUUAUUACUAUUAUUAUUAUUACUAUUAUUAUUAUUAUUAUUAUUAUUAUUAUUAUUAUUAUUAUUAUUAUUAUUAUUAUUAUUAUUAUUAUUAUUAUUAUUAUUAUUUUGUUAUUAAUUUAUUAUUAUUAAUUUAUUUUACAAGGGGAGACGCCCCACACGGGCCGACCCCCCCACCCAGCCCACCGAAACCCCCCCCGCUCCCCAGCGCGACCCUUUGGGUCGAGCCGCUUCGUUUCACUUUUAAUUCGUUUUAAUUCAAUUUUCUACGCUAAUUUUUUUUGGGAAUUUUUUUUCCCCCACCUCCCACCCCCAUUUUGGGCCGUUUCUCCCCCUCCCCAGCCCUGACCCCGACCCCUCCCGGACCCCCCCGGCAUUGGACACCCGCUGCCCCGGCCCGUGGGAGCGAGAGGAGCCCGCGCUCGGCGCGGAGCGAAACUUUCCGAAGCAAUAAAGAGGCGCAGGGAGGAACGAACCCCAAUUUCUAUCUAUGCAAGAGGCCCGGCCCGGCGGACGCUCCGAGAUGCACUUUGCUUUGGGGGGGCCCCGGCCCCGCUCCCCGCCCCGGGAGCUCCUCGCAGCGCGUGUGUCAGGACGUUUUUUACCUGUUUUAAAAAAAAAAAAAAAACU